AUUCUUUAAAGAUCCAGGAUUGUUCGUUUCUGGCAGCAGAGGAUCAGAUCCAAAACUGGUCAUUUCUGAGAGGCUUCAAGACCCUGAAAGCAGAACCUCAAAGAUCCUUUAGAGCAGAGAGGAUCAGCAUGACGGUCUGAUCUGAUCCUGGACGCUCAGCUGCUCAGGAAGUUUCCUGUCAGACGGGACUCGAUCACGAUGGAGUUCUUUACAGAUGAAUUUAUCGAAGAUUGUCAGGAGUUUAUUCAGGUCAUAUCUGUUCCUGAAGAAGCCGUCAUGGAGAAACCGUGUUGCAGAUCAUGGAGAUUCUGCACCAGAACUCCUGCUGAUGAUCCAUCACCACUGAUGGAACAGAAGCAUCACGUCAUCGGUGCGCUCGCGGUUUUUAAGGAGCGCGUGCUCUUCUCGCCUCCUGAGCCGGGACCUGAGCCGGGCUGCGUCGGAACCACUCCGGAGGUGUGAAGUGGGCGGAGACUGAAGCCGGAGGUCCGCAGCCGCACAGGCACGCGCGCGCACAGCCGUCCGUCCGAGCAGCAGCAGCAGCAGCAGCAGCAGCCGCCGCCUGCACGCAUCAUGGCCAGCACCACCUGCACCCGCUUCACGGACGAGUACCAGCUGUACGAGGAGCUCGGCAAGGGGGCCUUCUCUGUGGUGCGGCGAUGCGUCAAACUCUGCACGGGUCAGGAGUACGCCGCCAAAAUCAUCAACACCAAAAAGCUGUCGGCCAGAGAUCACCAGAAGCUGGAGAGAGAAGCCAGGAUCUGCAGGCUCCUCAAACACCCCAACAUCGUUCGUCUGCACGACAGCAUCUCCGAGGAAGGAUUCCACUACCUCAUCUUUGACCUGGUGACGGGGGGGGAGCUGUUUGAGGACAUCGUGGCCCGAGAAUACUACAGCGAGGCCGACGCCAGUCAUUGCAUCCAGCAGAUUCUGGAGGCCGUGCUCCACUGCCAUCAGAUGGGGGUGGUCCACAGAGACCUGAAGCCGGAGAACCUGCUGCUGGCCAGCAAGUGUAAGAACGCCGCCGUGAAACUGGCCGACUUCGGACUGGCCAUCGAGGUCCAGGGGGACCAGCAGGCGUGGUUUGGUUUUGCUGGAACUCCCGGUUAUUUAUCCCCGGAGGUCCUGAGGAAGGAGGCGUACGGCAAACCUGUGGACAUCUGGGCAUGCGGUGUGAUCCUCUACAUCCUUUUGGUCGGGUACCCGCCGUUCUGGGACGAGGACCAGCACAAGCUGUACCAGCAGAUCAAAGCCGGAGCGUACGACUUUCCCUCCCCAGAGUGGGACACGGUGACCCCGGAGGCGAAAAACCUGAUCAACCAGAUGCUGACGAUCAACCCAACCAAGAGGAUCACGGCUCAGGAGGCGCUGAAGCACCCGUGGGUCUGCCAACGCUCCACCGUGGCCUCCAUGAUGCACCGGCAGGAGACGGUCGAGUGUCUGAAGAAGUUCAACGCCAGGCGGAAACUCAAGGGAGCCAUUCUGACCACCAUGCUCGUCUCCAGGAAUUUCUCAGUCGGUAGGCAGACCACCGCCCCCGCCGCCGUCAGCGCCGUGGCGGGAACCACCGCCGGCAUCGUGGAGCAAGCAGCCAAGAGUCUCCUCAACAAGAAGGCCGACGUCAAGCCACAGACCAACAGCACCAGGAACAGCAUCGUGACCAGUCCCAAAGGCAACGUCCCCUCGGCUGCACUGGAGCCUCAGACUACAGUCAUCCAUAAUCCAGUAGAUGGGACUAAGGAGUCCUCCGACAGCAGCAACACCACGAUUGAGGAUGAAGACGUCAAAGCUCGCAAGCAGGAGAUCAUAAAGAUCACGGAGCAGCUGAUCGAAGCGGUGAACAACGGAGACUUUGAGGCUUACGCGAAAAUCUGCGACCCCGGCCUGACCUCGUUUGAACCCGAGGGUCUGGGGAACCUGGUGGAGGGGAUGGACUUCCACCGCUUUUACUUUGACAAUCUCCUUUCCAAGAACAGCAAACCCAUCCACACCACCAUCCUCAACCCCCACGUGCACAUGAUCGGGGAGGACGCCGCCUGCAUCGCCUACAUCCGCCUGACGCAGUUCGUGGACAGCCAGGGCCGCCCGCGCUCCAGCCAAUCGGAGGAGACGAGGGUGUGGCACCGCAGGGACAGCCGGUGGCAGAACGUCCACUUCCACUGCUCGGGCGCCCCGGCGGCGCCGCUGCAGGGCUGAGGAGGAGGAGUUAAGGCUGGGAACAGUCUGAUCUAGGAGGCGGAGCCGGCGCUGAGAGAGAGGUGCAGGUGGAUGGAUGGAAGGUGGGUGUAAGGAUUUUGGGACUGCUGUGGCCCCGCCCCCCUCCCAGCGCUCUGGACACCCACCUGGCUCUUCUCUCUCUGUGGUUGGAGCGGACGCCGGCGCCGUGGCGAGGAAAUCUUUCCGCCGGCGUCUUUCCUUCAGACUGUACACCUGGAGGAUGCUGGUCCUCCGGUCUCCCCCCCCAGAUAUAAAGUUCUAGUCCUGAUCCCGGUGUUCUUCUGGCUGGUCUGUGGUUGCACCCCCUCAGCUGUACAUCUAUGAGCCUCUGAACCCUCUGUUGUUUUUUAAUGGCGGGCAUGACCCCCCCCUGUGUUCUGAAUGUGAAUGUUCCUGUGGCUGUUUCUCUGCACGACUUUGCUGGAUGGAACCAGGAGAGCCCCG